UAUUCAAAAUGUCGGACGGAGGAGCAGCGAGUCAAGAUGAGAGUUCAGGACCAGAUUCUAAAAUGAGUAAUCCGUCAGAAACUAGUAAAUGUGAAAUGGAGAGUGGAGACGGAGACUCAGGAGUCCAGACAAAUGGACUGGACUUUCAGAGACAGGCGGUGCACACCACAAACACAAUCACCAACGCACAGGCACAAGCCAUCCUCCAACAGUUGACCCUGAGCCCGGCCCAGCAGCAGAUGCUCAUCCAGCAGGCCCAGGCUCAGCUCCUGGCUGCGGCCGUGCAGCAGCACUCUGCCUCCCAGCAGAGCAGCACCACGGGAGCCAGCAUCUCCGCCUCCGCCGCCACGCCCAUCACCCAGCUGCCCCUGUCCCCAGCCCAUCCAGAUCACCUCGGUAGGACGCGCCAGCUGCAGCAGCUGCAGCAGCAGAACCUGAGCCUGCCCCAGUUUGUGCUGGUCCAGCCCGGUCACCCCAUCACUACCCAGCUGCAGCCGGCCCAGUUCAUCAUCUCACAGACGCCACAGGCCCAGCAGAGCCUCCUACAAGCCCAGAAUCUUCUAACUCAACUACCUCAAAGCCAAGCCAACCUCCUGCAGACUCAGCCAAGCAUCGCCCUCACCACUCAGCCAGCGACCCCGACCCGUACGAUAGCAGACACGCCCACCAGUCCCUCCCCCACGGCCAGACUCCGCCCAAAACGCCUGGACACGCCUAGUCUGGAGGAACCCAGCGACUUGGAGGAGCUGGAGCAGUUUGCCAAGACCUUCAAACAGAGACGCAUCAAGCUGGGGUUCACACAGGGUGACGUGGGCUUGGCCAUGGGGAAGCUGUAUGGUAAUGACUUCAGCCAGACCACUAUCUCCCGCUUCGAAGCCCUCAACCUGAGCUUCAAGAACAUGUGCAAGCUGAAGCCGCUGCUGGAGAAGUGGCUGAACGACGCAGAGAACCUGUCGUCAGAGCAGGGUCUGUCCAGCCCCAACUCCCUGGGCUCUCCAGGCCUGGGCAUGGAGGGCGUCAACCGCCGCCGCAAGAAGAGGACCAGCAUCGAGACCAACAUCCGCGUGGCCUUAGAAAAGAGCUUUGUGGAGAACCAAAAACCUACCUCUGAGGAGAUCACCAUGAUCGCGGACCAGCUGAACAUGGAAAAGGAGGUGAUCAGGGUGUGGUUCUGUAACCGCCGGCAGAAGGAGAAGAGGAUCAACCCCCCCAGUAGCGGCCUCACGGGAGGAGGCAGCACCCCCAUCAAGACCAUUUUCAACCCUAGCAGCCCCCUGGUAGCCAGCACAGCCAGCCUGGUGAGCUCCGUCAACACACCGACCACUCUGACUGUAAACCCAGUGAUGCCUCUCACCAGCACCAGCGCCUCCAGCUUGGCAUUCACAGGCACGACCAUCGGAGCGACCACUAACACGGCCUCAGUCAUCUCCACGGUGCCCAACGUCACCAUGAGCUCGCCCACUUUAAGCCCCUCCCCCACGACAGCCCAGUCCACGGCGUCCGAUGCCGCCGCCGCACAGGAGCACGCCAGCGCCACCCAGGCGCCGUCGUCCCUGGCAACCACCCUGAGCACGGGUCAGGUGAUGGUGGCGUCGCCGGGGCUGACUGCCGCGCUGCAGGGGGCUGCCCAGUUACCCACCAGCGCUAGCUUUGCCGCCAUGGCUGCGGCCGCAGGGUUGAACCCGGGCCUCAUGGCCUCGUCCCAGUUCAACCCCGGGGGGGCUCUGUUGAGUCUGGGUCCGGGGGGACUGGGAAGUGCCCUGAGUCCUGCCCUGAUGAGCAACAGCACCUUGGCCACCAUCCAAGCUCUGGCGUCCAGUGGGACUCUACCCAUCACCUCUCUGGACGCUAGCGGGAACCUCUUGUUCGCCAACACCACGGCAGGAGGCACCCCCAACCUGGUGACCGCGCCCCUCUUCCUGAACCCCCAGAACCUUUCUCUGCUGACCUCCAACCCCGUCAGUCUGGUCUCCGCCGGCAACGCCGGGGGAGGGGCUUUACAGCUCACAGCCGACGCCCACCACCAGGUCACCACGGCAGCCGUGCCAGUCCCCGCCCCCACCAUCACCACUGCCUCCAAGGCCCAAUGAAGCGGAUGUGGGCGUGUCCCAGACGACGCCUCCUUCCUCCCAGUGUGUGCUAACCCUCAUGGUGGAGACCAGGUGGCCGUUGGGCCAGCUACUGGCUUCCCACUCCUCCUCCCUCUCUCUCUUUUCAUCUUUCUUUAUUUAAUCCUUUUGCUGCCACCAAAAAGACACCCUACUGAGGGGUUUUCAAAAGUUUUUAUUUCUUUUUAAAUUUCUUUUCUCUCUUUUUUUUUUCCCCUGGCGCUCCAAAAAUGUUGAGUCGAUUCUGCCGUCACUCACCGCAGGAGGACUAUGGCGGCCAUUUCGUAAGGCAGGGUGGUCUGGAACUCUGUGGUCCGGCGCUGUGUGGAGUCCCUGAGUGACCUGCUGAGAGGCCAGUGAGCGCUGGACCACCUAGCCACCCUGCUCCCUCACCCACCUGGAGCCUCCUAUCUUCCCUGUUCAGAGCUGCUUCUGAAACACUUCUAACCAAAAAUGUUUUUUUUUUUUUUUUUACUUUUUAGCUUGUUAACAAGAAAAUGAUUUACUACUAAGUUCACAAUCUACAUCAUCACUAAAAGGGGGCAUUGUGUGUUCACGCCCCGGCUAUAGUUUAUGUUGUGUCUUGAGGUUCUGUUGGACAGGCCUCCACACAACCCAUAUCAAAGUUAUAUUUUAGAGUCUUUUUUUUGUAGUUUGUCUUCUUUUGUUUUCCUGUGUACCUGUGAGUGAACACUCUCUGAAAUGUGUACGUUUAAUAUUAUUAAGUUAAGCUUUAACUCCUGUACAUCAAUUUUUAAUCGUGGUUGUAAGGCUUUAAAAACCAGUAAUAAGUGGCCGAGAUAGCGGUUACCGUUGCUUUAAGAAACCCGGGGACUGUGUGAGGUGUUCCUCAGCUCUCUCUCUCUGUCCGUCUGUCUAGAAACACUGAGUAGGACCCUGACUGCAAGGCUGGCCCCGCCAUGCAGCCUACACUCGCCAGUCUAGGUGAGCCAGCGUAGACACUGAGACCAAAUCAGAAAAACAAGUAAAGCUUUAAAGAGGUUGUUGACAGUACGAGCAGUCCCGAGUCAGAUUAGGGUACUGUGGGGUGGGGGUGGGGGUGGGGGGGGGUGAGAAGUCGGGCUGUUGCCACGGCCCCGGUUGCUGUUGGACACGAGGGUUCUCUAUUUGAACCAAUCCCUGCUGUGACUACGGGCUUGUUGGUUGCCACACCAACCGUGGUGUGCGUUGGUGAUGGUUGGAUCAUAGUCUGUGGUUGGAGAGCUGUUCUGUCUAUUUGUGCACAGUACCUGUACCAAAAAAACUAACUGGAUUUCUGCUCUUCAGUCUGCCUGAUCCUUAGAGGAGUAAACUGUCACGUUUUGAUUUUGUACGGUCCUUUUUUAUUUCUGUCAGUCUUUUGAGACUGGCUAACUUCAAGAUAUACCAAAAAUAUUUGUUAAAACCUAUUGCUGUGUACUGUCAGUGUAUCUUAGUCUAGUCCAAAUAUUUAUGAGUACUACGAACUCUUUCUCUUUCUCUCUAGAUAACAAACAAAAAAAAUGCAAUAUUUUGAUCAUCAUUUUCCAAAGACAAACAUUUUUUCUAUGUGGCUCUCCCCUGCUCAGCUUUGCAGCGCAAGUGACCAAAAACAAAAGGUUGGGUAGGUGGAGGGAGGAACAGGGUGUGUCUGUGGGCCCAGCUGGUGGCAGCCAGUCAGACACCAGACGUUUGUGGGAGGCCUGUCUGCUUUUGUUUGUCUACCGAUACUUCAGCCAUGAAACGCAAGCUUGAACCAAAGUCACCUCUCUGUGAGCUGCUGUGCCUGUUGAGAGCACGCCAACCUUGGUGUUUGCACCAUUGCUACCGGUCCCUCUCUGGUUGUGACGCCUGCCUGUGGAGGUCCAGACACGCCCUGCCUGGUGACCCGGCAUCCCAGUGACCCUCUCCCCCCUCCUCAGCUUUACAGAGCAGCUGCUCUGAGUCCCUGGUGGAGCUGCGUGUUUGGGACACCUCUAUCCUGUCCCUAUAGCUUUAGGAUCGCAUCCUGGCUGCUGUUAGCUGGGUGGUAUGGUCCACCCCCUCUCUCUCUAUCUCUAUCUCUCUCCUGGACACUCCUAUGUUCUAAGUCAGUGACUGGGUCCCUGCUCCAAGCUAGGAAGGUCACAUGGAGGAAGAGGUGAUGUUUAUUCUCUCCAGCAGAUCUAGGUUGUAAAUCUAGGUUGAGUAUCUCAGACCAAGUCCAGUUACCUAACCCGUAAGUAGGGACUGUGGCCGGUGUGCUGCCCCUUGCGAAACACACAGCCUCCACACAAAAGAACUGUUGUUCUACUGCGCUCACUCCCUCCCGAUUAGAGAACUCCUAGUCUGACAGCAUUCUAUCAUGUUAACCCCUCUUUAUGUGGUUCUUUUUCUGCUUGAAAUACUUUGAAUAUACCUCAGCAGCACUUAAACAGAAGGAUGCUUCUCCUGUAGAGACGUCACACCUAUAGAAUAUUCUAGAAUGUACUGUCAUGCUCUCAAGUUGAUCAAUAACGAUGCAUCCAUAAUGACACAAAUUAUGUCAUUGGUGUUUAAAUCGAGGACAAACUACUACUGCUAUUUACUAGUACUACUAUUUAUGGGGUGUUUCCAGGUUUUGAACAGUAAUUAACUUUAUUUUGUGAUCUUUCUUGCCAAAGCUAUAGCCUUUCUCUCUGCGGCUGGGCUCAAGUCUUGUUGCUGCUUACUUUGCUGGUCCUCUGAUCUUGAGCUCUGAUUGGUCAGAGAGGACAGGAAGUUCCAGUUGUAGGGCAGUGUGUCAUGUCCCUCAAUAGGUGGGCAGAGCACUGGUGAACCAAUGACCCUAGGCCCCAUGGGAAGUUACUAAAAUAUUUAUCUGAGGAACGAUUAAAGGAUUAGAGAAAAGUUGUUUUUUUCUUUUUAUAAUUCUAUAAAUAUAUAUAUAAACAACAUGUGUAAAAUACUCAUAUUUUAUAUUUGAACCAGUAUGUUAUCAAGACUGAAUGUAGUGUUUUAUCAUGCUUAUACUCAAAUUACAGAAAAAAUCUCCUUUUAUUAUUGAUGAUAAUAAUAGAAAUUUUGACAAAACUUUGUCAACACCAAAACAUAGAUCACGCCCCCUGACACGUGAUUUGCUGCCACCUGGUUCUGUCAUAAGUAGUGGGUGUGGUCCUAAGAAUGGGAGGGGCUUUUCAGGUGCUCCAAUGGACAGUCCCAUGGUUUCUAGAGAAAAUGAGUCUGAAGCUAUUGAUUUUAACGUUUCAGUUUUUUUGUUUGUUUCACUUUGAUUUCUUGAGAACUUGAUUUGCUGUGCUGUUUUUAACAAUCAUUUGAAUUUGUAUUGUUUUACUUUUUAAUUUGCCUUUAACUGUUUUUUUAGGGCAUGAGAGGGCAAGAUCACUGGCUUUCUUAGUUGUACUAAAGAUUAACAUGAUCAUUUAUGCCUUAUUGUUAUUUAGGAGACAAGAGCAUUGUAUAAUAUGGUUGUUAUGUGAGUAUGGAGGGAGUGAGAAGAUGUAUCUUCUCCAGCUGACUGUCUAACUCACCAGGUGUUUCCUGGGAUCGCCUGGUGUUCUGAUGUGGUCCUUUUUGCUACCCAUGAUAUUAGAUGUGACUAGAACAGGUUGCUGUACCUGAGACUAAAGCUUUACUAAUAGAUCAACUCCAGCAGGUUUGUCAGACUCUGUGCGUAAAUGAGGGAGAUUAGGCCUUUUUUUGAACCAAUUCCCUUCCGUUUAUUUCUCUGACAGAGAAAGAAGGAAACGAUCAGAGUAAUUGGAAGUGUGUGGAGAGUGAAGAGUGAGAUUAUUAUACCUAACGAGAACACAUUUUGAGGAGACACCUUUUUUUGAAGCCUCUGAAGAUCCACUGCCGGAGGUUGGCUGACCUAUUCCUAUUUUUAGGAAACUGUUUUGAUUUAGAUCUGCAUGGCAGUUCAUUAGAUCUCAGCAGUUCAGCUUCUUGAGGUCAAAGCUUGUGGUACGAUCUUUCUGAUCCUGUCAUGGGUGAUGGAUGCUCCGCUACAGGUUGCUCCACUACUCAGCCAAGCUGGCGGUGGGUUUGGUACGAUGGACAGAGCGCCAGUAAGGCAUGAAAACUGUCCUAUACCUCAUUUCUAACUCGCAACUGAGUGAAAACUUGGUCAAAACGACUACUUUAGAGAUAAACGUGGAAAACAAACAAAAAAAACUGUAAAUACACACACAAAAUGGCCUAAGAAGUGUGUUGCAGUGACAGCUUCUGCCACAAGGGGGAGACAUGACACUCCAGCACCUCUGAUUGUCUUUCUCUGCAAAAGAGCGCCUCACCAAUGCUCUUUCAAAAGCCACACUUGUGGUUUACAGAAUAGCCUACUUUCAAAUGUUUGAUUCUGAGUUUCUACCCCUGUAACCUAUAUUUAAACCCCAUGUUUUCCCCUCCAAUUAUUGCAGAGUCUUAAGAACUUUUAAAGAGAUAGACUCCCUUUGAACACGUUUCUAUGUGAUCGCUACGGUAACAGCUCUGUCCUGAUGGCUCUGUUGGCUGUGUGCAUGGAUGCAGGACUGCGAGUGUCUUCCCCCUCUAUGGUGCUCUCUCUCUCUCUGUCUCUGUCCCAUGGUGACGACAUUAACCAAAGACUUUUAGUGAAUGUAUAUGGCCGACACAUCUCUCCCUCUCGCCUCACUCCUGGACACACACACACACACACACACACACACACACACACACACACACACACACACACACACACACACACACACAAACACACACACUGUCCUUAUAACCUGUGCUUCAGAUCCACCUGUAUGGCAGAGGUGUGUUAGUGUAUCUAAACACCUCAUAGACACACUUGACCCGUCAAUGCAACUGAAUCAGUGCCUAUGAGCGGGGAUCAAUAGUUAGAUGGGAGUUGAGCGGCAAAGUAGGUCUCUGAUUGACAGGUAAAUGAACCAAUCCCAUGUUAGCUGGAUGAUGUUUAUUAAUACACACUGAGGGGUUGAUCCUGUGCACACUGUAACUGCUCAGGACUUUCUGUCUGUUUGUAUACAGUAUAUGUUUGUUUGUCUCCAAGGCUGUUGCUAGGAUAACUUUCUUCCUCAAGGACUGUCACGUAAACACAGUCUUUUCUGCCUGUAGUCUCCACAUCUAGUCUCUAGUUGCCAUGAUACGGUCUCUAGGAUACACAUCUUGUGGGUUGUCUGGAACACAGUUUCGGCCACUGUGGUGUUUUUCUCUCUCUCUCUCUCUCUCCCCCCUUAUCCUGACUCUGUUCCGCUGCCACACUAUGCAUCAUGGUCCUUCGCUCUGCAUGGGCUACGUCCCUAUUGGCCGAGCAGAUUGGCCAGAGGGAACACUUUGCGUGAUGCUUUAUUCCGAGUGGGGAGUUGUAUGAUCUCAAAAGCGCUAUCCCAAAGCAAAUAUCCAAAUACUUAACGUUUGACAAAUGCAGAUACCAAAGAUGACUAUCUUUUUCUCUCUCUGUCUCUCUCUGUCUCUCUCUCUCUGUCUCUCUCUCUCUCUGACUACCCUUCUUUCCCCGGUCCCCUGCAGCUUGUGUAUUAAGAGACAACCCCAGCACUGGCUUUAGUUCUAGCCUCAGUUAUUCCAAAGCUUAGAUGUAUAUUUUGGUACAUUUCUGAGAAACCUGUGGAAAGAAAGUGGAAAAAAGUCUGUCAAAUGAAACCUCUUGUUUGUUUGUUGUACCGCUCCUUAUUCUGUCACUGCAUGGAACUAAUUGCAGAACUGUCUUACUCGUAGGUUAAAGAUAUAGUAUUUUUGUAUGUUUUGCGCGUGUCAAAAUAAUGUGUGUGUGAUAUCAGUUACAGUGACCAUGGUUUUAAAA